AUGGCUUCCCUCAAGCAUUGGCUGGCCCUGCUCCUGGUGGGCACGGCUUGCGAUGUCUCGGCCAAGUCCUACGACUACGUCAUCGUCGGCGGCGGCACGUCCGGUUCCGCCCUGGCCGCGCGGCUGAGCCUCGGCCUGCCCGACGCGCAGAUCCUCCUCCUCGAGGCGGGCCCGGCGGCGCCCGACGAGCUGCGGAUCAACGUCCCCGGCCUGCGGGGCUCGCUCCUGGGCACCGGCUACGACUGGAACUUCACCACGGUCCGCCAGGGCGGCCUCGGCGGGCGCCGGAUCGACGUCAACCGCGGCAAGGUGCUCGGGGGCUCGUCGGCCAUCAACUACCUCUGCUACGACCGCGCCGCCGCCGUCGAGUACGACGCCUGGGCCGACCUCGGCAGCGAGGGGUGGACGUGGGCGGCCAUGAUCGACGCCAUGACCCGCUCCGAGAACUUCACCGGGACGGACCGGGACCCCCGCGGCCGCGCCGGCCCCAUCCGCAACACCUACAACCGCGUCGUCUACGACGUCGUGCGCCGGUGGCUGCCCGCCGCGCAGGAGCUCGGCCUCCCCGUCAACGAGCAGGGCUACAUGCACGGCAGCCCCAUCGGCCUCAUGUUCCAGGGGACCAACGUCGACGACCGGAACUACAGGCGCUCCUACAGCGCCAACAGCUACCUGCCCCUGGCCGGGCGCAACCUCGAGGUGAGGACCGGCACCCGGGUCGCCAAGAUCAACCUGGAGAGCCACUGCGGCCAGAGACACAAGGCGACGGGCGUCACGCUGGACGACGGCACCGUCAUCGGCGCCGCCGCCGAGGUCAUCCUGUCCGCCGGCUCCGUCCAGAGCCCCGGCCUGCUGGAGCUCUCCGGCAUCGGGCAGCCCGGCGUGAUCAAGGCGGCCGGCGUCGCCCCCGUCGUCAUCGACCUCCCCGGCGUCGGCGAGAACUACCAGGACCACGUCCGGACGUCCAACAUCUACCGGCUCAAGGACGGCGUCGACUCGUUCGACGCCUUCAUCUACGACGGCGCCGGCGCCAACGCCACGGGCGAGCUCAAGAGGUGGGCCGACGGCGCGCCCUCGCUGUACGAAUACACGACGGUCGCCUACGGCUUCCUCGACUGGGGCCAGGCCGGCGGCGCGACGCGGGACGUCAUGGCGGCGCUCGCGCGGGCCGAGUUCGGCAACAGCACGCACCCCGUCGACCGCAAGAAGCUCGCCUUCCUCGCGGACCCGUCGGUGCCGGACUACGAGCUCCUCGUCGAGGCCAACUGGGUCGGCGCCGCCGGCUACCCCGGCUCCGGCAAGUACCUCACGGUCAUCGCCGCCGUCAUGCACCCCUUCGCCCGCGGCAGCGUGCACGUCGACCCGGCCGACCCGACGGGCGCGCCCGUCAUCGACCCGGGCUACCUCGCCAGCGAGCACGACGUCCGCGCCCUCGCCGAGGCCGCCCGGAUGGCCGGGACGGGCGCCAUGCGCGACGCGUGGGACGUCGAGGUCGCGCCCGGCCCGGGCGUGCAGACGGUCGACGAGUUCCGCAAGUUCGCCGCCGACAACGCCCUGAGCUUCUACCACCCGGUCGGCACCUGCGCCCUCCUGCCGCGCGCCGACGGCGGCGUCGUCGACGCGGACCUGCGCGUCUACGGCACCGCCAACCUGCGCGUCGUCGACAUGAGCGUCGUGCCCAUCAUCCCGUCGGGGCACAUCCAGACGGCCGCGUACGGCAUCGCCGAGGUGGCGGCCGACAAGAUCAUUGAAGACGCGGCCUAUUAG